AUGGCAGACAAUGGCAGUGAAGCACCAGCUGCUGGAGAUGCUGGCGUUGAGUACAUCAAACUUAAAGUUGUGGGACAAGAUUCCAAUGAAGUGCACUUCCGUGUGAAAAACGGAACUGCGAUGGGCAAAUUGAAGAAAUCGUACGCAGAUCGUACUGGUGUUGCUGUUUCCUCAUUGCGUUUUCUCUUCGAUGGACGCCGAAUCAAUGAUGACGACACUCCGAAGACGUUGGAAAUGGAGGAGGAUGAUGUGAUUGAGGCAAGUCUGGAACCAAUUUAUCGACCUCGGAGGGAUGAAGGUGAGCACCAGGGCGGAUUCGAACCUCCGAUCGAUCGUGCAGACAGUGGAACCUCUUACCGACUGCGCUACAUCCGCCCCGGUCUACCAAGAACAGCUCGGUGGAUGCCUUUGAAUUUAUUUCAAAUCCUACAACCGGUACACCAUUCGUAUCUCGAUUUUCUUAUUUGUUCUCAUUCCUACUUUGCAAUUGUUCACUGA